AUGACAACAACAUUUCCACCAGAAGAGGGAAGUGUUCGGAAUGAAUUAACCUUAUUUAAAGGAUUAUUUGGAAUUUGUUUAAUUUUUGGGAUUAUUUUAAUUGUAAUAACGCUGUCAUUAGGGUAUAAUGUUUGUACUAGAGAUUUACAAAUUGUUGAAGAAAAUAGUAAAUCUAAAGAAAAUUGGAGGAAUACAAGAAGACUGACUUCGCCUCCUUUUAUUGAAAGAAGAGAAGAAUUUGAACGAGUUUCCAAUUUUUAGAUUUUUUUAAUUUAUUUAUUCCUCAUUUUUUUUUAUUAAAAUAAUAAAAAAAAUAAUCAUGUAUGUGGAAAGUAGUAUGUGGAAAGUAGUAGUAGUACCACUAAUGGAAAGCAAUUCUGCAACUAGAGGAUGGUUUGUGGCUGGGGGAAAGUUUCGGAUUGACUUUCGUGGCGGGUUAAAAAAAUUUUUUUCUUUAAAUCGGAUCCGAGCUGCGUCAAAACUUAAAACACGUCGAAAACGUAAAUCAAAUUUUAUAAAAAAAAUUCAAAAAUCGAAAGAAAAAACCGUCGAAAAUCGAAAUUUCG